AUGACGACCGCCACCUCCCCCAUCCUGUUGAAAUGGGAUCCCAAGAGUCUUGAAAUCCGUACCCUGACUGUGGAGAGGCUUCUGGAGCCCCUCGUCACACAGGUGACUACCCUGGUGAACACCAGCAACAAAGGGCCAUCCAGUAAGAAGAAAGGGCGCUCCAAGAAGGCCCAUGUCCUCGCCGUGUCUGUUGAGCAGGCUACCCAUAACUUUUUGGAAAAGGGUGAACAGAUCGCCAAAGACAGCCAUGACCUCAAGGAGGAGCUCAUUGCUGCUGUUGAGGAUGUCCGUAAGCAAGGGGACACGAUGCGUAUUUCCUCCUCAGAGUUUGCCGAUGACCCGUGUUCCUCUGUAAAGCGCGGCACCAUGGUGAGGGCGGCCCGCGCACUGCUCUCUGCUGUCACCCGUCUGCUCAUCCUCGCUGACAUGGCUGAUGUCAUGAGGCUGCUGGCCCACCUGAAAAUUGUGGAGGAGGCCCUAGAGGGAGUAAAGAAUGCGACCAAUGAGCAGGACCUGGCAAACCGCUUCAAGGAGUUUGGGAAGGAGAUGGUGAAGCUUAACUAUGUGGCAGCUCGGAGACAGCAGGAGCUGAAAGACCCCCAGUGUCGAGAUGAGAUGGCAGCUGCACGUGGAGCCCUGAAGAAAAACGCCACCAUGCUGUACACGGCCUCACAGGCCUUCCUGCGCCACCCGGAUGUGGCGGCCACACGUGCUAACCGGGACUACGUGUUCAAGCAGGUUCAGGAGGCCAUAGGAGGCAUUUCCAGUGCUGCUCAGGCCACCUCACCCACUGACGAGAAGCACGGCCAUGCCGGCAUUGGAGAGCUGGCUGCUGCCCUCAACGAAUUUGAUAACAAGAUCAUCCUGGACCCUCUGACAUUCAGCGAGGCUCGUUUCCGCCCCUCUCUUGAAGAGCGCUUGGAGAGCAUCAUCAGUGGUGCCGCACUAAUGGCUGACUCCUCAUGCACACGUGACGACCGCCGUGAACGUAUUGUGGCUGAGUGCAACGCCGUUCGACAGGCCCUGCAAGACUUGUUGAGCGAGUACAUGAACAAUACUGGCAGGAAAGAGAAAGGUGACCCAUUGAACUCAGCCAUUGACAAGAUGACCAAAAAGACCAGAGACCUGCGCAGACAGUUGAGAAAGGCAGUGAUGGACCACAUCUCAGACUCUUUCCUGGAGACCAACGUCCCUCUGUUGGUGCUCAUCGAAGCGGCCAAGAGUGGAAAUGAGAAGGAGGUCAAGGAGUACGCCCAGGUGUUCCGUGAACAUGCUAACAAGUUGAUUGAGGUGGCCAACCUCGCUUGCUCCAUUUCCAACAACGAGGAGGGUGUGAAGUUGGUUCGAAUGGCUGCCACCCAAAUUGACAGCCUAUGUCCACAGGUUAUCAACGCUGCUCUCACUCUGGCUGCCCGUCCCCAAAGUAAGGUGGCCCAGGACAACAUGGACGUUUUCAAAGAUCAGUGGGAGAAGCAGGUGCGCAUCCUUACCGAGGCCGUGGAUGACAUCACCUCUGUGGACGACUUCCUUUCUGUGUCAGAGAACCACAUCCUUGAGGAUGUCAACAAAUGCGUCAUUGCUCUGCAAGAGGGAGACGUGGACACUCUCGACCGAACUGCUGGAGCCAUCCGGGGCCGAGCUGCUCGCGUGGUCCACAUCAUUAACGCUGAGAUGGAAAACUACGAACCUGGGGUCUACACAGAGCGUGUGCUGGAGUCCAUCAAGCUCCUGUCUGAGACGGUCAUGCCCCGUUUUGCUGAACAAGUGGAGGUUGCUAUCGAAGCACUGAGUACGAAUCCUCCACAGGCCUUUGAGGAGAAUGAGUUCAUUGAUGCGUCCCGUUUGGUCUAUGACGGCGUCCGUGACAUCAGGAAAGCUGUCCUCAUGAUAAGGACACCUUUCAAACUGGAAGAUGACUCUGACUUUGAACAGGAGGACUAUGAUACUCGCAGCAGGACUAGUGUCCAGACUGAAGAUGACCAGCUUAUUGCUGGACAGAGUGCUCGGGCUAUCAUGGCACAGCUUCCCCAGGAGGAGAAGGCAAAGAUUGCUGAGCAGGUGGAGAGCUUCAGACAGGAGAAGUGCAAGCUGGAUGCAGAAGUGGCCAAAUGGGAUGACAACGGCAAUGACAUCAUUGUGCUGGCCAAGCAGAUGUGUAUGAUCAUGAUGGAGAUGACGGACUUCACCAGAGGCAAAGGCCCCCUGAAGAACUCCUCAGAUGUGAUCAACGCCGCUAAGAAGAUUGCAGAGGCUGGUUCCAGGAUGGACAAAUUGGCCCGUGCGGUUGCAGAUCAGUGCCCUGAUUCAGCGUGCAAACAGGAUCUGCUGGCCUACCUGCAGAGAAUUGCCCUGUACUGCCAUCAGCUCAACAUUUGCAGCAAAGUGAAAGCUGAGGUCCAGAAUCUGGGUGGAGAGCUCAUUGUGUCCGGGCUGGAUAGUGCCACUUCCCUGAUCCAAGCAGCUAAGAACCUCAUGAACGCAGUGGUGCUGACUGUAAAGGCUUCUUAUGUAGCCUCCACCAAGUACCAGAAGGUGUACGGAACAGCAGCCGUUAACUCACCCGUGGUGUCUUGGCGCAUGAAGGCCCCUGAAAAGAAGCCUCUGGUAAAGAGGGAGAAGCCCGAGGAGUGCCAGACACGUGUGCGACGAGGCUCCCAGAAGAAACACAUCUCCCCUGUCCAGGCCCUCAGUGAAUUCAAGGCCAUGGACUCGUUCUAA